AUGAGCAAUGUGUCUGAGCCUCUGCCGGGCAAUAUGACGUCCAAAGACUACUACGCGGACUCGUAUGCGCAUUUUGGCAUUCAUGAGGAGAUGCUUAAGGAUGAAGUUCGUACGCUGUCCUACCGGCAGGCCAUCCAGAACAACCCACACUUGUUCAAGGACAAGAUUGUGCUGGAUGUGGGCUGUGGUACCGGCAUUCUGUGCAUGUUUGCUGCGAAGGCCGGUGCCAAGAAGGUCAUUGGUGUUGAUAUGAGCAACAUUAUUGACCAGGCAAAGGUGAUUGUCAAAGCCAAUGGCUUGGACGAUGUGAUCACUCUUGUCAAGGGCAAGCUGGAGGAAGUGGACCUUGGUCUCGGUCCGAACGGAAAAGUCGAUGUGAUCGUGAGUGAGUGGAUGGGAUACUUUUUACUGUACGAAAGUAUGCUCGACACAGUGCUGCUCGCUCGCGACAAGUAUCUUGCGCCGGAUGGCAUCAUGAUGCCUGACAGUGCGACUUUGUACUUGUCGGCUAUUGAGGAUCAGGAGUACAAGGAAGAGAAAAUUGACUUUUGGAAUGACGUGUAUGGCUUCGACUACUCCUGCAUCAAGGAGAUUGCGUUGCGCGAACCUUUGGUCGACACAGUGGAGUUGCGUAGUGUGGUGUGCGAUCCUGCGCCGCUUGUACACUUGGACCUGAAGACCGUGAAAAAGGAAGACCUGUCUUUCACGAGCUCGUUCAAGAUGAACGUGACGCGCAAUGACUACGUGCAUGCGUUCCUCGGCUGGUUCGACAUUGGCUUUGAGGCGUGCCACAAGCCUGUGCGAUUCUCGACUGGUCCGCACUCGCGCUACACACACUGGAAGCAGACUGUGUUCUACACGCCUGAGACGUUGACAGUGACCAAGGGCGAGGCGAUUGAAGGCGUUCUUACCUGCGCGCCCAAUGCUCGCAACAACCGCGAUUUGGACAUCACGAUUGCCUACAAGCUGGAUGGUGCCAACCCUGCGGAGGGCAAAUUGGAGUAUAAGAUGUCCUAA